AUGGCGGGCUCUCAGUUGAAGCGCCUCAAGGCGUCUCUAAGAGAGCAGGGAGUUAUUGGACCUCAGCAAUCCAAAAAGCAAAAACGUCGUCACGCCGAAGAACAAAAGGGCCGCAACGACAAGAGGCUGCAACGAGGUGCUGUUUUGUCCGGCAUCCGUGAGCAAUUUAACCCUUUUGAUCUCAAGCACGCUGCACGAGGACCUAAAUUCGAUGUCACCAGUAACGUGCCCAAAAGUGCCAGUGCUGCCAAGGGCAUUCAGGGCCGUCCCGGUGCUGCGAAAGCUGCCAGCGAAGAGCGGCGUCGCGAAACUCUGUUGGUGGAUAUGCAGCGUCGUAAUAAGGUCGGCGGUAUCUUGGAUAGACGAUUCGGAGAAAACGACCCGACCAUGGCCCCGGAAGAUAAGAUGCUGGAACGAUUUGCCCACGAGAAACAGCGUGCUCACAAGAAGAAUUCAAUGUUCGACCUCGAAGACGACGGCCCAAUUAGUGGACUGACACACGGCGGGAAGUCGAUUUCUUUCGAUGAUGACGAUGACGGCAAUGUAUUGGCCGACGAUUUCGAGGAAAGAGAUUUGGAUGCUGAAGAUAGCGACGGCUCUGUGCGGGAGCGACAACGCUUGAAACGACUACGAGGUCUAGCUGGAGAGGCUAAUAGCGAUACAAGCGACAAAGAACCUGACCGCAAAAAGUCCAAAAAAGAGGUGAUGGAAGAGGUCAUCGCCAAGUCUAAAAUGCACAAGUACGAACGCCAGGCCGCCAAGGAAGAUGACGACGAGAUGCGAGUCAGGAUUGAUAAAGAACUUUCUAAUAUUCAGAUGCUGCUGUCAUCCUCCGCAAAAAGCAAGCGCCUAGAAGGCGUGGCAGCGGUAUCUGCCAUUGCAGGUGUUGAACGUGGGGAAUUCGACAGCAACUUCGACAUGCAAGUAAAGCGCCUGGCACAAGACCGCCGCGCACAGCCUCAAGAUCGCACAAAGACGGAGGAAGAGAAGCUGGAAGAAGAAUCGAAGCGACUACGCGAACUCGAAGAAAAACGCCAAAAGCGUAUGCGCGGCGAGGAGGUCUCAGAUGACAACGAAAGCGACGAUAAUCGGGGCAAAAAAAUAGCUACUGAUGACGACGAAAAUGCUGACGACGAUUUUGGCCUCGGCGAAGGCAUUCGCACCCGCGCAACAGCUACUGACCUCGGACUUGACGACGAAGACGAUUUUCUCAUCGAGGAUGAUCUUGUUGCCAGCGGCUCGGAUCUAGAUCUAGAUCUUGUAGACAGCGGCGACGAAUCAGACGACGAGUCAGGCGAUUCUGAUGGUGGAGGGCAAAUCGAAGACGACGAGUUCACAAAGGGUAUCCUUGACGAGGAAGAGUCUCGAAACCCGGUAUUUCGCGCCGUAUCCGACUCCAAUAACGCUGCUCUUGCAAGGGGCGACGAGCACGGUCUUCCAUUUACGUUUCCAUGCCCAGAAACUCUCCACGAGUUGCAAGCUAUCACAUCUCAAUACCCCCACGAGAACACACCGAAGAUUAUCCAACGUGUGCGCGCGCUUUAUCAUCCCAAGCUUGAUGCCAAAAAUAAAGAGCGCCUCGGAAACUUUUCCAUGGCCUUGGUAGACUAUGUGGCGGCGCCGUGGGACCCUGCCACAGCACCACCAUCAUCGGUCGUAGAGAGUGUCAUCCGUCACAUCCACUCUCUUGCCAAGAUGUUCCCUAUCGAAAUCAGCAAUCGUUUUCGUCAUCACUUGAGAGAUAUUGCAGAAGGCCGUACUCUUACACUAGAGCCAUCGGAUCUUCUACUGUUGAGCGCUAUUGGAAGCAUCUUUCCCACCUCGGACCACUUCCAUCAGGUCGUUACGCCUGCCAUGCUAACUAUCGGUCGUUAUCUUGGCCAGAAAGUGCCAACACAGCUCGCCGAUUUUGCUACUGGCACAUUUCUCUGUGUCCUUUCCCUUCAAUAUCAGCAGCUCGCCAAACGCUACGUCCCCGAAGUCAUCAACUUCGCCGUCAACACCCUUUGUGCGCUGGCUCCUACCGCUCCAGCCAGCAUACACAUCACCACGACCAUCCCUAUACAUGAGAACUCCCAAAAGCGCUUCAUUACAGCCACCACCGAGGUUCGCAAGCUCUGCUUCCCCGAUUGCAUCCCCGGCGAAGCUGGCCACCCGGGCCCGGAUGGCGAAGCUGCUAAAAUCUCCGCCGCCGCCCUCGCCACGACUUUGCAAGUCCUCGACGCUGCUGCAGACUUGUGGACUGGCAAAUCGGCCUUUAUAGAGACCUUUGCGCCUGCUCUCCGUGCGUCUCAGUAUCUGUCUGCCCCGAAAUCCCGCAGUAGGCUGCCGCCGUCCGUCGCGCAGCUAGCUGACAAGCUUUCCACCAAGCUCGAGCGCAUGUCGCGUCUCGCCCAGAUAGCGCGUCGCCCGCUCGAGCUCCAUCAUCACCGCAGAUUGGCCAUCAAGAGCUUUAUCCCCAAAUUUGAGGAGACGUUUGAUCCAGACAAGCACUACGACCAUGACAGAGAGCGGGCUGAGCUGGCCAAGCUGCAAAAGGAACAUAAGCGCGAGCGCAAGGGAGCGAUGAGAGAGCUGCGCAAGGACGCGAAUUUCAUGGCGCGCGAGAAGCUGCGCACUAAAAUCGCCAAGGAUGAGGCGUACGAGAAGAAGUUCAAGCGCCUAGUCUCGGAGAUUCAGAGCGAAGAGGGCCGUGAGUCAAAUGCGUACGAGAGGGAAAAGUCGGCACGGAAGCGCGACAGGAACAAGUAG